AUGGUGCUUAUGGUGAGUGAAGACAGUGACACGUCUGACGUACCAGUGGCGCUCAUCGACACCGGUUGCACAAGAUGUAUGCACGGCAAAUACUGGCGGGAGCUGUUCGAGAAGAGGUGCCUGCAUCCCCGCGGCCUCGAGAUCAAGAUGACGGACCGCGUGAGGAGCUUCUCCUCGGCCUUCGGCAAGAGGCAGGAGGGGCGCGUGGUCGAGAUCCCGGUCGCCCUUGGCGGCCGCCGCGGGGUGAUCUUCAGCGCGGAGAUGGAGGGCUGCGACGCCCCGCUCCUGGUCAGCCUGGCGUCGCAGGAGGCGCUGGGUGCCGUGCUCCACCUGAAGGAGAUGCGGAUGGAGCUGCAGACGCUCGCCGUGGACGUGCAGCUGCUCAAGGCGCAGAAGGAGUCGGUCUUCGAGGAGUCCGACGGCGAGGAGAUCCGAGUCGAGGAGGAGGUUGGCCACGCCUUCCUGUCGAAGGAUCGCGGUGUGCUGGCCACCGACGCGACAGGGAUCCUCUCCAAGACGACUCGGAAGAAGCUCGAGUCCACCUGGCGUGAGCUUCGUGGAGAGGAUCGACGACUACGAGAAGAGCUACUUCGACCGAGGUUCGAGGCGGAGCGUUUCGUGACCGCCGACUUCCAGACCACGGUGGUGUUCGAGCCGUUCGGUGGGGGGCACAUCCUGACGCGCUACGGUGCAAAGGAAUGCGGUUGGAUGCAGUCUCAGCCGCUAGACGUGGACCACCCUCCCGACUGGCGGUAUUUCUUCAUAGAGCAGCCUUUGACAGCACUUUCUUGGGAGCAUGAUGGCAUCCUGAUACGUUUGUGGGAUUUGGAAGGUGUUGUGUUUGUGCGCGGAGAUCAAUGUGCCUACGGAGCCUGCGACAAGGACGCGGGCAAGCCGAUCAACAAGCCGACGGGGUGGCUCACGAACAGCGCAGCGGUGGCGGACCACCUGAGCAAGCGCUGUGCCUGUCCGCCCGGCGCCCACCGGCAGCUGCUCGGGAAGAACUCGGGUGGCUAUCGGGCGCAGCAGGCGGCAGCCUACCCCGUGGGCCUCGCGAAGGCCUUCUGUCGCGGCGUGCUCCAGCAGAUGCAGAUCGACUACCGCAGCUCGCUGGUCAUGGAUGCGGCCUUCCCUGUGGAGGAUGCUUUCCCGCGCGAGCGUCCGCGAUCGCGGAGCCCGCCGCGGGGAGAGCCUGUGCCAGAGGAGGCGCGCCAGGAGGGCCCGCCUCUCGGAGAGGACGCGCCGCCUGCCCAGGCGGCGGCGGAGGCCCCAGAGGCGCUGGCCGAGGUGCCCGUGAGGCCCAGGCGCGGCCGAGCGCCUGCUCGCCGCGAGCGCGGAGUGCCUCCUGGCGGACGCCCGCUGGGCUUCCGCCGGGGACGGCGUGCGCAGUGCGGCGAGUUCGAGCUGCUGACGGUGGAGCUGUGCGCUGAGCUGGACACAUUCCGGAGUUGGCAUAGGAGGUUACUGGAGAAGAUGGGCGAGGAUAUCGAGACGAUCAUCUGGGGCUCGGACCUCUUCCUGGAGGAGCUGGGAGGAGUCAUCAGCGAGCCGCUGAAGAUGGUGAAGGCUAGACGCGGGGGUCAGCGGCUCCAGACGGCACAGCCGCAGCUGCACGCCGCGGACGCCCCGCUCAGGAUGGUCACUACGCUCAAGGGCGACCAGCUCUUCAGGCUAGACUUCGAGGACUGGUCGCAACAGUCUCUGCAAGCGCGACGGCGCUGGUUGCCGCGACAUCUACUCGAGAACGACGUGGUGGUCUUCUACUUCGCGGGCUACGAGCGGGGUGACCUGCCCGAGGGGCCGGCUGCAGCGCAGCAGCGGGACGCCUCACGGGAGAGGAAGCGACGUUGGGAGCUGUUGCCGAGAGCCGUCAAGAGGGCGAUCGAGAGGGUGCACGUGAACCUCGGGCACCCCUCACGGCCAGCGCUGCUCAGGGCGUUGCGCCUGGGCAAGGCAACGGCGCUGGCACUGAAGGCAGCGAGGCUGUCUGUUUGUGAGAGCUGCCGGCGAGUGCAGCGACCCAGCAUCCCACGUCCGAGUCAGCUCCCGAGGGUCGACGAGUUUAACGUGCUGCUCGCGAUGGGCUGCUUCGAGAACGUCGACAGCGCCGGCAACAGCUGGGAGUUCCUUGGCAUCAUGUGUAUGGGGACGAACUACUACGUGGUCUGCCUGCUGGAGGACACUCACAAUAACCCCAAGGCCUCGGAGGUCAGGAAGUUCUACGAGCUCUGCUGGGUCUCCUGGGCUGGCAAGCCGGAGGAGGCGAUCGUGGUGGACCGCGCGCGGUCCUUCCUGGGCGAGUUCGCGGACUACCUGGAGCAGGAGGGCGUGCGCCUGGACUCGGCCGCUCUGGCCUCGCCGUGGCACAUCGGCAAGAUGGAGCGCCGCGACGGCAUCUGGAACUCGAUGCUCACGAGGGUGGUGCACGACAAGCAGGUGGCGGGCCUUGAGGAGAUGAGAACGGCAGUGGCGGAGCGCAACAGGGCCAAGAACACGCUGGCCCGGCGGGCUGGUUUCAGCCCCUACCUCUGGGUCCUCGGCCGGGAUGUUCGCCUCCCGGCGAGCCUCGCGGACGACGCCGAGGUGGAGCGUGUGGGCGAGCAGGUGGCAGCUGCUACGCCGGGCUCGCGUUUUGCCCGCAAGGCGGAGAUCAGGACCCAGUGCCGGAUGGCUUUCAUCCAGACCGACACGGAGGAUCGACUUCGACGAGCGGAGCUUCGACAGAUACGACCGACGAGAGGGCCGUUCGUUGUCGGCCAGUGGGUGCUUUUCUACGACCAAGCGCAGCCAGCCAAGCAUCGGCCUGAGCAUCCAGACAACUGGCGAGGGCUGGCGCGCGUGAUCGGACAUGAGGGACGGCAUGGAGUGUGGCUUGCCUUUCGUGGCCUCACCGUGCUCGCGAGCCCGGGGCACCUGGCUGCAGCGACUGGCCACGAGAUCCACGCCUGGAGAUCGAUUGCGCAGGAGCAGGAGUUGGUGCACAACGCGCCCGUCAGCGGCGGUAGUGGCUUCGUGGACCUGCGAGGCCGGCCCAAGCCCCCCCCCGCGGCGGGGCAGGAGCCUGCUGAGCAGGGCGACGAGAGCGGCAUGGACGUCGGACCGCGGGCGGAGGUGCCGGAGGAGCCGCAGCCCGCCUCGGCUCCGCCUGAGCCGGAGGCGCCUCCGGCCCCGCCUGAGGCGGAGGCUCCCCGCGCGGCUCCGGCCGCGCCCGAGCCGCCCGCGGCGCCAGCCCCAGCUGUGGGGGCUGAGGACGUGCCCGUGCCGCCCGACCUGGACUUCGACGCGAUGGAGUUCGACGCGGCGAUGCAGGAGAUCAUGAGGGACGACGGCGACGAUGACUGGCACCCCGACUCCCACGGGGCGCACGCGGAGCCCGAGCCGGGGGCCUCUCGACAUCGGCGUCCUGGGAGUCUCCUGGAGGAAGAGGAGACUGAGGAGCGCCGCGAGCGGGAGGCCAAGCGACGGCGCCUGCUGGACGAUGUCCCUGUCUCGAUCCGACAGGGGACUGCAGGAUCUGUCGACUCGGCAAAGUUCGUGCUGGACAAUGACCUGGACGAGUUCAUGGAGGCCGGCUUGGAGACGUACCAGCAGGGCGAGGCUUUCUUCGUCCAGGAGGGCAUCGGCAAGGAGGAGUUCAUCUUCGGGCUGAUGCGGAAUGAGUUCGAGCACGCGUUCCUGACGAAGAAGCCUGGGAGGAAGGAGAUCGAGCUCGGCAGCUUGCCUGAGGAGCAACGCCGGAUGUUCGUGGAUCGAGGUGGCAGUCGUGAUGCAGAGUGGCGAUCCUGGCAGGACUUCGACGCGGCUGAGCCGAUCCCGCCGGAUGAGAGCGAGGCGCUCCGCGCGGACAAGGCCAACAUCAUCAUCCCGAUGCGCUGGGUGGAUACCGACAAGAACGACGGGAAGUACGACGAGGCCGGAGCCCCUCUGCCGCUGCUCGCGAAGAGCCGCCUUGUCGUGGUGGGCUUUCCCGACCGCUUGCUGGGUAUGUUCAGGCGGGGCGCUCCCGUUGCAUCACGGCUGGCGGAGGCGCUGCUCCAGACACUGGCGGCGGCCAUGGGCAUGAUCCUCUCCCUGGGCGACGUCAAGAACGCCUACUUCAAUGGGCAGAACCUGCAGCGCGAGGUCUACCUGGAGCAGCCUCGAGGCAGCGAGGCUAUUCUGGCUAGCGCUGCCUUGCUGUCCGACGGCUGGCUUCAGUCGCGCCUGGAGCCGGCGCUCUUCUACAAGCGCGUGGACGGGCAGCUGAAGGGCAUCGCGGUCUCGCAUGUGGACGACGUGCUGGUGGCGAGGAUGAAGGACAUGCAGCUGUUGGACCUCCUGCCGAAGGUCCUGGGUACGUUCCAGUGGAAGUGGAGCGAGCUGCCCUUCACCUUCCGCGGCCGUGAGCUUUCGAGUGAUUCGAGAGGUUUUCUGGUUAGGAUGGUGAACUACGCAACUUCCCUCAAGCCGAUCAAGAUCCCAGCAGGUCGAAGGAAGCAGUUGCAGGAGGACUUGAACGAGGAUGAGGCGAAGAAGCUGCUGAGGGUAUCUGGUGAGAUUGGCUGGCUAGGUCGACAGUGCCGACUCGACCUGGCCUUCCUCUCGGGCGAGCUGCAGAGGGCCCGAGCGGCCCCGUGUGUGGCGGACCUGGUGAAGGCGAACCUGGCGGUGUCUGAGGCCAAGAAGGGCGCUGAGGUCGCGCUGGUCUACCCGGCCAACUUGAGGCUGUCCAGCGCUGUGAUCGGCGCGGCCGUGGACGCGGGUCACGCGAACGGCCCGGAGCACGACGACAUCGAGCGCUACAAGAGCUGCGGUGGCCACGUGGUGCUCCUCACGACCGACGGCAUCCUAGCCGGACACCAAGCACCGGUGGCAGUGCUGGACUGGAAGAGCGGCAUGACGCAGCGUGUGCGCCGCUCAACCUUGGCGGCGGAGGCCAGUCACCUGGCAGACGCAGUGGGGGCCGUCGACUGGGCGGCAGUGCUGUUCAGAGAGGCUAUGAAUGUCUCGGUGGAUUUGCUCAACUGGCAGGAGGAGGUACAGCGGCUUCCCCGCUUCUGGGCGACAGACGCAAAGUCCGUCUACGACCACCUCGCGAAGGAGGGCUCGGCUAAGAGCAAGGACAAGAGGAUGGCGAUCGAGGGCGCCUUGCUCAGAGAAGUGCUGCGCUGCGAGAACACCCACCUCAGGUGGAUUGACGGCUCGCAGAACAUCGCAGAUGUGCUGACGAAGCUUGGGGUGGACAAGGUCUACCUCUACAAGGUGCUGCGGGAGGCCAAGUGGAGCCUGGUGCAGGACCCGGCGGCGGCGGCGAUCAAGAUGAAGAGGAGUAUGCAGCGUGCUAGCCGCAAGACCGCCAUCGACACUAGGAAGACGGAGAAGAGGCAGCAGGACAAACUCGUGAGAGCGAAUGAGAUGCGGGACAUCGCAGAUUGA